AUGGGAGAAGCCGGGGCGCCGCCCUUCCCCGGCUGCGGGUUGCAGGGGUGUCUCAAGCAGCUGGACCAAGAGGAGUUUCGGACAUUCAAGGACUUGCUAAAGGAGCGCGCUUUGGCACCGGCCACGGGCCCCCUCCCGUGGGCGGAAGUGGACGGUGCGAGCGUGGACCAGCUGGCCUCCCUGCUGCAGGAGCGCGGCAGAGGGCCUCUGGUCUGGAAGGCGGCCGCGGACAUCUUCCAGGAGAUGAGCCUGCCCGCGCUCUCUCAGAAAGCCAGGGAGGAGACGGAAAGUGAGACUCUUCCAAUUUGUUUCCUGUUUCUCUUCUCCCCUCUCUGGUCCGACAUAGGCCACGGAGGUGACGAAGGGGACUACAAACGUCACCUGAUGACAAAGUUCGCCGUGACAUCGGAUGCCCACCCCGGCUUUGAAACCUUUGCCACGGAUUGUCCACAGAUGCAAACCUUGUGUGGCGCGUUCACGCCAGACCAGCGGGGCUUCCGGCCGCUCACCGUGGUCCUGCACGGGAGCUCAGGGGCCGGGAAGUCGGCUCUGGCCAGGAGAAUCCUGCUGCGCUGGGCCCACGGAGAGCUCCACCCGGGCGUGUUCUCCUACGCCUUCCUCCUGGACGCCAGAGACACACCGUCGAGGAGGAAAAGCAGCUUUGCUGAGUUACUCUCCAGGGAGUGGCCGGACUCCGUGGCCCCCGUGAUGAAGAUCAUGUCCCAACCAGAAAGGCUGCUGUUUGUGGUCGACGGUUUCGAUGACCUGGUCUGUGCCCUCAAAGAUGCUGACACGGAUGUCUGCGUCGACUGGACAGAGAAGCAGCCCGUGUCUGUCCUCAUGCGUAGUCUGCUGAGGAAGGCUCUGCUGCCCGAGUCCUCCCUGAUCGUCACCAUCAGGGACGAGGGCAUGAAAAAGCUCGAAUCCAUGCUCGUCUCUCCCCACUGCCUUUUCGUGGAAGGAAUCUCGAUGGAGAGAAGGAUCCGGUUCUUCCUCGAGCACGUCAAGAACGGGGACCAGAAAACGCAAGUCCUGCACAAGCUGCUGGACAACCACACGCUGAUCGAGAGGUGCCAGGUGUCCAUCACGUGGUGGCUCAUCUGCCAGGCUCUGGAGCUGCAGGCGGCCUCGGGGAAGGGCCGGCCCCCGAACUGCCAGACCCUCACGGGCCUGUACACCGCCUUCGUGGUCCAUCAGCUCACCCCUCGAGACACGCCAGGCCACCACCUCAGUCCGGAGGAGAGGGUCGUGUUGAAGGGCGUGUGCCGGAUGGCCCUGCAGGGCGUGUGGGCCAUGAGGUUUGUGUUCUACAGCGAUGACCUGGGCGUCCACGGGCUGACGGAGCCAGAGCUCUCCCCUCUGUUUCGCAGGAACAUCCUUCGCCGAGGCGGCGGCAGGGAGAGGUGCUUCAUGUUCCUGCACCUGAGCCUGCAAGAGUUCUUUGCCGCCUUGUACUACGUGCUAGAAGGACCGGAGGCAGAGUGGGAUCCCCACGCCCUGUGUGUGGAGAACACGAAGAGUCUGAAGGAGCUCCAACAGAUCAGCUGCAACGUCCACUUGCUCCACGUGAAACGUUUCUUGUUUGGCCUCAUGAACAAAGACGUGGUGGGGGCCCUGGAGGGCCUGCUGGGGUGCCCGGUCACCCUGCUGGUGAGGCGCGUGCUCCUCCACUGGGUCUUCCUGUUGGGCCGACGGGCCGACACCACCUCCCCUCUGGACUUCCUGGACGCCUUCUACUGUCUCUUCGAGACCCAAGAUGAAGACUUUGUCCGUCUGGCACUGAACGGCUUCCAGGAAGUGAAGCUAACGAUGAACCGGCCGAUGGACCUGUUGGUGUCGUCCUCCUGUCUCCAGCGGUGCCUGCACCUGCGGGAAAUUCAGAUGGAUGUCGGGGAGAUCCUCCCGGAAGGCGAGUCCACCGAGGCGUGGCCCGUGAUUCCGCACGGUCCCGUGGAAGCAAAUGUUUCUUUCCUUCUCCGAUGCAGGAUGCAGACCAAGCCCCUGGUUAGCAAGUGGUGGGAAGACCUCUGCCUCGUGCUCAGCACCCACCCCAGCCUGCAACAGCUGGACCUCAGUGGCAGCGUCCUGAACGAGUGGGCCAUGAGGACCCUGUGCGUCAAGCUGAGACAGCCAACCUGCAAAAUACAGAAGCUGAUGCCGUGUGUGUGUCACAUUCUCUGUGUCUGUAGGCUGGAUUACUGUGCGUUAAGCCACACCUGCUGUCCGGUGAUCUCCCAAAUCCUGGUGACAUCCAGCAAGCUGAAAUCCCUGAGCCUCGCGGGAAACAAGGUGAAGGACGUGGGCGUCGCGUCUCUCUGCGAGGCCCUGAAGGUCUCCCAGUGCGCCCUGCAGAAGCUGAUACUGGGGAGCUGCGGCCUCACAGCUGCCGCCUGCCGGGAUCUGGCCUCCGUCCUUGUCAGCAACCAGAACUUGACCCACCUGGACCUGUCGACCAACAACCUGGGGACAGAAGGCGUGAUGCUGCUGUGUCGAGGCUUAAAGCUCUUCACCUGCGCUCUCCAGAGGCUGAUGCUAAGGAAUUGCCACCUGGAUGUCAUUGGCUGUGGCUUUCUUGCGCUCGGACUCAUGGGCAACCGACAUCUGACGCAUCUGAGCCUUAGCAUGAACCCCCUGGGAGAUGACGGCGUGAACCUUCUGUGUGAGGUCAUGGCGGAAGCAGCGUGUCACCUCGAGGACCUGGAGUUGGUAAAAUGCCACCUCACUGCCGCCUGCUGCAAGAACCUGUCCUAUGUAAUCACGAAAAGCAAACACCUGAGGAGCCUGGACCUUGCUGCCAACGCCCUGGGCGACAGUGGGCUGGCAGCCCUGUGCGAGGGACUGAAGCAAAGGACGGCCUCCCUGAGGAGACUCGGGUUGGAGGCGUGCGAGCUGACGUCCGACGGCUGCGAGGCCCUCUCCUCGGCGCUCUUCUCCAACCAGCACCUGAGCAGCCUGAACCUGCUGCGAAAUCCUUUGAGCCCCAAAGGAAUCAGGAAGCUGUGCCCGGCCUUCGCACAUCCCACGUCUCAGCUGCGCGUCAUCGGACUGUGGAAAUGGCAAUACCCUGAUCCAGUCGUGCGGCUGCUGGAGGAGGCCCAGCGACGCCGGCCGUGCCUGGUGAUCGACGGCCGCUGGGAUCGCUCCGAGCGGGGCGAGCGCUGCUGGUGGGAGGGCUGA